AUGGCGACGCUACUAGAAUCAGCAUUGAACUCCGACCCGUUGGCACCUCCUUCUUCAUACCGACGAUCAGACAACCCCCCAUCUUCGUCCCGACCGCGACCCCCGCCUUCUGUCAGUAAUGGCCUACCCUCCGAGGGCGACAUUUUCCCAGAUGACGAAGUCACCGGUGCUGCGCGUGGUCGCAAUCAGAAUCCACUCGAUCGCAAUGUGCCGCGUGUUGAGGACAAGACCGGCAACGCGGUCCUGAAAGCCUUUGAGCAGUUCUUGGAAGAGCACGUCGAAGAGAUCAGCAGCUCCGCAGCGCCCCCGUCAAGCGAGCGCAAGAGCGACAAAUACUACAUCGAGCAGAUCCACGGUCUGAGGGAGUAUCAGCUUUCGACACUGUAUGUCGAUUACAAGCACAUUCUGGCGUCCAGGGAAGGCGCUGCUCUUUCCAACGCAAUCGCUGCCUCGUACCACCGCUUUCUGCCAUACUUGACGAGGGCGCUUCACAAUCUCCUGAUCAAGUAUGAACCGGCAUACUUUAAGGACCAUCGACAGAUGGGAAGCAGCUCAUCUCAAGCCAAUACAUCAUUGGCCGGCAAUGUCUCAAGCGAGGCAAGUACUGUUGCAGAUAAGAAUACCAAUCAGCAGACUGAUAAGCUCUUCACGGUGGCUUUCUACAACAUCCCGCUCGUCACGAGAGUGCGUCAAUUGCGGACAGAACAGAUAGGUAGACUUGUCUCAAUAUCUGGCACCGUUACCAGAACUUCGGAAGUCAGACCUGAGCUCGCUUAUGGUACCUUCAUCUGCGAAGCCUGCAACACCGUGGUACCGAAUGUUGAGCAAACAUUCCGCUACACAGAGCCAAAUAUAUGUCCCAACUUGACCUGUCAGAACAAGCUGGCAUGGCGUCUGGACAUCGCAAACUCAACCUUUGUGGAUUGGCAGAAAUGUCGAAUCCAGGAGAACUCCUCAGAGAUUCCCACAGGUAGCAUGCCACGGACAAUCGAUGUGAUUCUGCGCGGUGAGCAGGUCGAACGCACGAAACCCGGCGAGAAAUGCAUAUUCACAGGUACUUUGAUAGUUGUGCCCGACGUCUCACAACUAGGUAUUCCUGGUGUCCGCCCAGAAGCUUCGAAGGACAACCGUGGAUUCCGUGCCGAUGACGGUGGAUCCGGAGUCAGUGGGCUGAAGUCGCUGGGUGUGCGAGAUCUGACAUAUCGCAUGGCAUUUCUGGCAUGCUUCUCAUGCCCUGACACCACAACACCUGGUCAACCUAUGGGCGAGCUGACAGGUCAAUCCGCGAAUAUUCUCAACUCUCUUCACCAGAUCGAUGUCACGGAAACGUACAAGGACGGUGACGAUGCACAAGAAGCGUUCCUCGAGACGUUGUCAUAUGCCGAGAUCGAAGACCUCCGAGAAAUGGUGCACAGUGAUCACAUCUAUGAUCGACUAGUAAGAUCUCUCGCGCCCAUGGUCUUUGGUCACGAGCUUGUCAAAAAGGGGCUGCUGCUUCAACUGCUCGGUGGUGUCUCGAAGCAGACGCCCGAAGGCAUGGCUCUCCGUGGCGACAUCAAUAUCUGCAUCGUCGGAGAUCCGUCAACCUCAAAAUCGCAAUUUCUGAAGUAUAUCUCCUCGUUUCUCCCAAGAGCUGUAUAUACUUCUGGGAAGGCUUCCUCGGCAGCUGGUCUGACGGCCGCCGUCGUGAAGGACGAGGAGACAGGCGAGUUCACCAUCGAGGCCGGAGCAUUGAUGUUGUCCGAUUCGGGUACUUGCUGUAUCGACGAGUUCGACAAGAUGGACAUCUCUGACCAGGUUGCGAUCCAUGAGGCCAUGGAGCAACAGACCAUCUCGAUCGCCAAAGCUGGCAUCCACGCCACCCUUAAUGCUCGCACGUCAAUCCUUGCCGCUGCAAACCCAGUGGGUGGCAGAUACAACAAGAAACAGACGCUACGAGCCAACAUUAACAUGUCAGCUCCGAUCAUGUCACGUUUUGAUCUCUUUUUCGUGGUCCUAGAUGACUGUAAUGAGAGCACCGAUCGAAGACUGGCGAACCACAUCGUCAAUUUACAUAUGCUCAAAGAUGAGUUUGUCCAGCCGGAAUUCAGCACAGAGCAGCUCCAGAGAUAUAUUCGCUUCGCCAGAACCUUCAAACCUGCCUUCUCGCAACGAGCGAAGUCGCUCCUUGUUCAGAAGUACAAGGAACUACGAGCAAACGACUCUGGUGGUAUCGGUCGGGGCAGCUAUCGCAUCACAGUCCGCCAACUUGAGUCCUUGAUUCGUCUCAGCGAAGCCAUUGCAAAAGCCAACUGUGUCACCGAUGUCACCGAGACGUUUGUCCUCGAGGCAUUCGAUCUGCUGCAGCCAACUCGAGCACCGUCCCGGCCCAGAGACUCUGACUCGCCCAUGGCUGAUGAGGAUGCGCCUGACACGGAAGAUGCUCAGCAACAGCAAGAAACGACACCAGCUCCUACACGACAGCGAACCAAGGUUACCUUCGAGAAAUUCGCAAAGAUACAGCACAUGCUUGCCACGAGAAUACGCGACUACGAGGAGGCCGAAGGCGAAGGCGUUCCCCAUGACGAGCUCAUUGUCUGGUACACUGAGCAGAUCGAGGAUGAGAUCGAUAGCGUUGAGCAGCUUGGCGAGGAAAGCAAGCUGGCUGGCAAAGUCGCGAAGAGAAUGAUUAAGGAUAGCACAAUCAUGCCAAUCCGUGGGGAAGGUCUGAUGGAUGAAGACGACGCUGAUGCUCAACCACAGGCUGCGCAGGUCACUUAUGUUCUCCAUCCUAAUUGUGGGAUCUUCGAAGACUCGUGA